AAAACCAGAGAGGUUUUUUGUGAUAUCCUAAAUACCGUCAAUUCGGGUCGAUUACCUAAUCCUUAUCAAAACUAUAUUGUAUUUAAAAAAAUGUCUUAUCUUCCCAUCAAAUUCUAGGUCAUCCAAUAAAUUUGUAUCUACCGGAGAAUCCCAUAACGCUCCUCCAGUGACCACCCUUGGCCCAAAAUGAGCAGCAUCAAACUCUUCAGGCCUUUGAAGAAAAGUUUGAAGCUGAGGAACUCGCUCCUGCCUCUGCAGAGAAACUACUCGUCUAACAAGGAUGACGACACCCCAUAUAAAAAAACUGUAGACGUGUUCAAACAUGAUUUUGACCAUCUGAAACACUAUUUGUUAAAUACAGAAAACAAACCGAAACAACCACGGAUUCCCCACUUUUGUGACAUUCUUAUUAUUGGAGGAGGCGUUAUGGGCUGCUCGAUAGCUUACUGGCUCCAGCAAAGAGCAUUGGAUGGCCUGGAUAUAGUUGUCAUCGAAAAAGACCCGACGGUAACUGAUUUUACAAACAAUUACUCUAAAAUACUUGAGUACCAGAAAAGCACAUCCGUGCUUUCAGUCGGUGGUCUGAGGCAGCAAUUUUCUUUAAAAGAAAACAUUGAACUGUCAAUGUUUUCUGCUGAGUUCAUGAGGAAUAUUAAAUAUUAUCUGGGCGUCAACGGCCAGGAUCCUCCUGAUAUCCAGUUCAACCCUUGCGGCUACUUAUUUUUGGCAUCUGAAGAACAUGCUGAAGUUUUGAAUCAAAAUGCCACACUUCAAAAGUCAUUGGGAGCUAAAAUAGAAUUGUUGACACCAGAAAAUCUCAAGCGUAAAUUCCCUUUUAUAAACACUGAUGGUAUCGGAUUGGGUUGCCAUGGCUUAGAAAAUGAAGGAUGGUUUGAUCCUUGGUCUCUUCUCAAUGCAUUUAAAAGAAAAGCAAAAAGUUUAGGAACACAUUUCGUUUCUGGAGAAGUUAUUAGUUUUGAAGCCUUGAAUAAUUCUGAUGUUGUUCCCAGUGAUGAAGAUACACACAAGCAGCUUAAAAGUGUUAAAAUUUUAACUGAAAAUGGAGAAGAGAAAGAAAUAAGUUUUAGUAUCCUUGUUAUAGCUGCUGGUGCAAAUUCUGGACAUGUUGCACAAUUAGCAGAAAGGCCAUUGAGGGUAGACUUAAAUCUCCCGGUCGAACCAAGAAAACGUUAUGUUUAUAAUGUCCACUGUCCAGAAGCACCUGGGAUGGUAAUGCCUUUUGUGAUUGACAAUUCAGGAGCAUACGUCAGGCGAGAAGGGCUGGCAGGUCAUUAUCUGUGUGGAAUGUCCCCGUCUAUCGGAGACCCAGAACCUCCUGUAGAUAAUCUAGAUGUAGAUUUUGAUUUUUUUGAAAACAGAGUGUGGCCAGCUAUUGCUAACAGAGUCCCUUGUUUUGAGGGUUGUAAGCUCAAAUCCGGUUGGGCGGGCUUCUAUGACUAUAAUAAAUUUGAUGAAAAUUGUUUUGUCGGACCUCAUCCCUAUGCUUUCAAUGUUUACUUAGCUACUGGAUUCAGCGGUCAUGGGAUUCAACAGUCACCGGCGAUUGGAAGAUCCAUAAUGGAGAUGAUUAUUGACGGUGGAUAUAUGACAAUAGAUCUAAGCCGUUUAGAAUACAGCAGAUUAUUACAAGAUCAACCAUUGUGGGAAAGCAACAUAGUUUAACAUUCAACUUAUUUUUAAUAUCGUGUACAUAGACGUGUGUAAAUGAAAAUAAAUAUAAAACAAAU